CGUAACUGUACUUUACGGAACACACAUGCCGGUUAAAAGAACAACUACUAUUCUCUCCCAUUAAACACUUGUUUAUGUUAAAGUAGUAUAAUGGCUGUUUGUGCCUUUGCUUCAAUGUUUUUCCCGCUGGUGAGAGGAAGAGUGUGCUGCAGAGCUUCAUCUCGUGCACGCCCAGCUUUCCGUGCGUUCUCGUGCACUGCAGCUCGAGCUCAAGGGUCCGGGGCUCUGACCGGGAGAGAGGACCGGUUCGGUGGAGUGACAGUGAACCUGUCUGACAGCUGUUUACCGGAGGACAUCAGUGAGAAAUCAUUCAGUAGAUUACUGAAAGAUUCUUUGGUCCAGUGGAAAUCGGAGGGGAAAGUCGCAGUGUGGCUCCGAGUUCCCAUCUCCCUGAGCCGAUGUGCCGCCGCUGCCUCUGAGCACGGCUUCUCCUUCCAUCACGCCAAACACGACCACACGGUGCUCUCCCUCUGGCUGGGGGAGGAAGAGAGCCGGCUGCCGGGGUUUGCUACCCACCAGAUCGGAGUGGCAGGUGCAGUUGUUGAUGAAUCCAAUGGAAAAGUCCUUGUGGUCCAAGACAGAAACAAGACAAUGAAUGCUUGGAAGUUCCCCGGCGGCUUGUCUGAUCUAGCAGAAAAUAUUGGUACUACUGCGGUCAGGGAAGUGUUCGAGGAAACUGGCGUUCGCUCAGAGUUCAGAUCUCUGCUCAGCAUCAGGCAGCAGCACCACCACCCCGGCGCCUUCGACAUGUCGGACAUGUACAUCAUCUGCCGACUCAGCCCUCUCACCUAUGACAUUAACUUCUGCACUCAAGAAUGUCUGCGCUGCGAGUGGCUCCAGCUUGCAGAGCUAGCUAAGACCGAGCACACCACCCCCAUCACCGCUCGUGUCGCCCAGCUACUGCUCCACGGCCUGGAGAGCGGCUUCCACAACAUCGACCUCUCCAUGGAGGUGAUUCCUGCCGUCUACUCUGGGAAGUUUUACCAGCUGUAUCACCGGCAGCUUCCUUCCACACUGAAAUCCUAGCAACCCGAUGGGGUUAUGUUGACACAUAGCUGUCAGUAUUACUCAUUUAAAGUGUAUUUAUUACUGGAAGGAUGUUUGCAGUGUGUCUGUUCACAAACAAAUAUUUGGAACAAUAGAGUGGUGCAAGAAUGAGUCCUAAACCUGGAUAUUAGCAUUGAGGAGUUAGCAUUGAGGAGUUAGCAUUUUGGGGUUCCUUCAUCUGGUUUGGGAUACAAGGACUUAAGCUUAUGAGAUGUUCACGUUUAGUUAUACAACAAUCAGUAAAUACCCCAGUGGUGAAUGUCUCAAGCUUCUAUGUGUCAUAAAAGCAAUAGUUGCGACUCUAAAUCACUAAAUUAAACGCCAUCGCGUCACACAUUAGCCGCAUUUAGCUUAGCCCUGUUGACGUGAAGUCACGUGACAGUUAUGAAGUUCCUUGAUAGCCCAACGUUAGCUUUUUUACUUCUGGCGAUUGCAUUAAACUAUUAAAACAAUGAUGUUAAUAUGUGAAUAUUAUCCUGAAUAAAUCCCGAUUAUUUUUGUGUUGAGCCCUUGCCAUGCUAACUUCCAGGUUGGACUACAUACAUAUGUCAUCACUGCGCCACUCUAUACCUGAACCACCAUUUUAUACGGUUCAUAUUUAUAACACUUGUUUGGUAGCCUUAUAGGGAGAAAGUGGCCCCAAGCAGCUAAUUUAAUUUGUCAAAGGCACUAUUUUUAAAGGUUGCUGUGUUUUUAACUUGUAGCAGGUCUUGCUAACGAUCUAACUACCAGUGUCAGCUGAAAACAGCUAACAUAAGGUUAGGUGUUGCAUUAUCAAUAUUGGCUGCCUUAAUGCAAUUACUGACUGGUCAAGUAACUCACAAUAAUAUUUGUUGUUGAAGUUAACUGCCUUUCUGUCAUUGAACUAGACAUCAUUUAAAACCAUUGUCCUCGUGGGAAUUUGGCAAUACAGAAGGGAAACAAAAACAAGCUCAGGAAACCUGUUCAGUUUCUGUGUGUGUGAGUGUGAAUAUUCUGAGUGUGAAUAUUCUGAGUUGUGUAAAAUGACACGAUAAAAGUAGUGCUUGGGCUUUGAUUUGGGUUGGUUUAGUGUGCUUAGUUUUUUUGACAAACUACAAAAUCCUAAAAUGUAGUUAUUUAGUUCAGUCCCUAAUCUCUUAUCAGGUUAUAAUGGUGUAUGAUUUGAAUGUAUGUUCUUGUUUUAACAGUAUAUAUGGACCCUAUACCUUCAUCUUAUAGCUACGUUUAGACUGCAGGAGCUGAACAGUAGGAAAGGGUUGUUGCUUUAAGUCAAAGAAGAUCUGUUUAGCCAAAAUGAACACUGCCAUACUCUAUGGUACAAUUCAGCAAGGUACCUGGUUUCAGUUGCAUUACUGCAGCAGUUAGCAGGUCUACAUUGUUUUACUGUGAAGCAGCUAGGUGUGAAUGUGGCCACAGUUUGAAAGUAAAAGCUGACUAAGAGCAGACAUGUUCAGGAUACAACAGUCAGAAAGCAUCACAGCUGUUUUGGGGCAAUGUCGAUGGAGCCACCUUGUCUUCAUUGCCGUCACAUCUUCUUCUAGCCUUGGCAGCCAUUGGAAGAAACAGGAUGGCCUUUUGACCUCGGCUAGUUUUGCUCCCGGGCUUGUACUGGCCGGUUCUCUUCAGUGCCACGUACAUGUCGGGGUACUUCCUGGAGCGGUACGUGUUGUAGUUGUUGCUCUCGAGCCGCUCCAAGAAGUAGCAUUCAUCUGUCGCUCGUCUCUGGAGAGAAGACACAGAGAAAUCACUUUCAUUUGAUGUUCAGUCGACGGAAAUUAAGUGCUAUUUAAGGAGUUAGCUAGGAUUAAAUCUACACCUUUUUGCUUUUGGGACAACUUCCCAUUGCAAUACACUCAAAUGUCCUUGCAAACGGAGGAAAAAUACUGUGAAACUAGUCUUUAUUAUUUCAACAAAUGGAAACUGAAGUUAGGUCAUACUGUCUGUAUGAUUAAUAUAAAUGUUACUUUCCAAACCGCUUGAACCCCUCUCUUUCUAUUAUACCACUUUUAUCAAACAGGUUAUUUUGUUUGGAUAACAUUUGAUUGAAUUUGUGUAGUAUAUAUAUUGUUGGACAGGGAGAAUAUGUGUUAUGCUGAAAUGUUCUGAUAUUAAAGUGCAUAAAA